CCAAUCACAGCAGCCUUUCUUGCCGAUUAGGCAGUAUCAACAUGGCAGCUUUCUGAGUUUUGGAGGAGGGUACCUGGUGUAAAUAAACACGAAUUUCACGUUUUACAGAUAACGACAGCGUUCGUGUGUUUGUGUUUAAGGCUGGUUGGACCAUAGAGGGAAAAUGUCGAAUGACGGAAAUAAAAAACAGUUCUGGAAAAGAAACGCAGCGAAGGUUCCUGGCAGCAUUCAGCAUGUGUAUGGCGCACAACAUCCACCUUUCGACCCGCUCCUACAUGCUAACCUGAUUAAGGCAGGAAACAGGCCUCCUCCGGCCACGCCAGGCAAGCCCAAGAAGGCUACCACCUUUCAGGAGUUUGAGAGCAUCACAAGUGAUGCAUGGGAUGUUGGGGACGAUGACGACGAGUUGCUGGCCAUGGCUGCACAGAACCUUAAUAUUGAUGUUGUCAUGGAGACAGCCAAUAAGGUCAUUGAGAAUCACAGCAAGCAGCAGGAGAAACAGCGGCAGGAUGACACAACAGAGCUGGAACAGAGAGAAGAGGACACACAGGAGGAGGCGGCAGAGGACGAGGAGGAGGACGAAGACGAUGAGGAGGACAGGGUGGGGGAGGGGGACGUGACCAGCCCAGACGUCUCUUUUGCCUCCCAGAGCAGCCCUUACACUGAUGGCCGCCUUGUAAAGUCCCAAAGCGAAGCUCCAAUUGGGUCACCAAAAGAUGCAGCAGGUGAGCAUGCAGCCCUCCACAGACAACGGUCUCUGCCCCACCGGCCGCCCCUCAUCCCGCUAGUGGCUCGCAUGGCUGACCAGAACACGUCUGGCACCCCAGCCAUGACCGAGAGGGAAGCGUCUCGUCUGGAUAAGUUCAAACAGUUAUUAGCUGGGCCCAACACAGAGCUGGAGGAGCUACGGAAACUCAGCUGGUCUGGAAUCCCGCGUCAGGUCCGACCGAUAACGUGGAAGCUCCUUUCGGGUUACCUACCAGCUAAUGCAGAAAGAAGAGAGAGCGUCCUACAGAGAAAAAGACAAGAAUAUUUUGGCUUCAUCCAGCAAUACUAUGACUCCCGCAAUGACGAACACCAUCAGGACACAUACAGACAGAUUCACAUUGACAUACCGAGAACUAAUCCUCUUAUUCCUCUCUUUCAACAAGCUUCUGUCCAAGAGAUUUUUGAGCGGAUCCUUUUUAUCUGGGCCAUACGCCAUCCGGCCAGCGGCUACGUGCAAGGCAUCAACGACCUGGUCACGCCGUUCUUCGUCGUCUACGUCUUUGAGUACAUUGAGGAAGAAGUAGAAAACUUUGACGUGUCCAGUCUCCAGGAAGAGGCUCUGAGGAACAUUGAGGCUGACAGCUUCUGGUGCAUGAGCAAACUGCUGGACGGCAUCCAGGACAACUAUACAUUUGCCCAGCCAGGCAUCCAGAGGAAAGUCAAGGCCCUGGAGGAGCUGGUCAGCAGGAUUGAUGAGUCUGUGCACCGCCACAUGCAGCAGUACGAGGUGGAGUACCUGCAGUUUGCCUUCCGCUGGAUGAACAACCUCCUGAUGAGGGAGCUGCCAUUACGCUGCACAAUCAGACUGUGGGACACCUACCAGGCUGAACCAGAGGGCUUCUCCCAUUUCCACCUCUACGUGUGCGCUGCCUUCCUGGUGAGGUGGAGGAAAGAAAUUCUAGAGGAGAGGGAUUUUCAGGGUCUGAUGAUCCUCCUGCAGAACCUUCCCACAAUGCACUGGGGCAACGAGGAAGUGAGCGUACUGCUGGCUGAAGCCUACAGGUUGAAGUUUGCCUUUGCUGACGCGCCAAACCACUACAAGAGAUGAUAAGCGUGGCUCGCUGCAGCUGCUCCCCUUCUUCUCCUGUCCUUGCUCCUCCUCCUCUUAUUCCUCCUUUCCUGCUCUGCAGUCGUCUACUGAACUUAGAGGCCUCUUUUCCUUCAGGGAAGGACCUCCCUUUUUCUUAACCUCCCUUCCCCCAUAUUGCCCAAUGGGCCUUUCAGCUACUAAGAGAUUAGAAUCAACCAAUGACUGAGAGGACGUGCGGUGUAGCAUUUUAACAUAUUGAUGGUGGAGCCUUUUUGUUUUUUAUUAUAAUUAUUUUUCUCCGAUCAGCUCUGAAAUGUGCUCUCCUUCAGUCCAGUGCAGAACCCUCUUCAACACUGAAGGCCACAACUUUUCAUUAGAGUUUGGUCCGCUCAAGUACAACCUCGGGCCUGAUGCAGGACCACGAGCUCAGCGCUGCCGGGAGGUUAGUCUGGCUCAGAACAUUUUUCUUUUCUGCUAAAAAAGAAAAAAUUCAAAUCCAAUGCCAUGGCAAUACAUAUUUUUUUGUGUGUCCUGAGGCCAAAAUGUGACCUUUGUUUCAGUUUGCAAAGACAAAGAAAGAUAGCAAAAGGGCACUGCGCUGGAUGGUUUACAUAUCUGAGCCCGCUCUCCUGGUCACAACACCACCUGAAGGAACAUGACCUCUCCUGUUCUUUUUUUCUGUCUUUUUAUUUUGAUUUUUUUUCUCCUCCUGCUGCGUGCCGAGAGGGGCACCGUUUGUUUUCCUUCAUGACAAACUAACAGUAGGACUUUACAGAGAGAGAGAGAGAGAUUGUCAGUCUGUGAGGGGAAACGUGUCUCCCUCCUUCUACAAUCCACAAACACCAACCCAAUCCCUCCCCCUUUACGCCAUCCUCCUCCUCCCCCCCCCCCCCGCACUGCAGAGCCCCACGCAGAUCGACAUCACAGAUGCUAAUAAGCCAUUUGGAGGAAGAAAGCUACUUAUUCCCACUCGACCUGCUUAUAUAUAUAUAAAAGGGCCAUGUCUUAUCUUUUAACCACCCCUGGUUUCUGAACCCAGGACUACCUCAGAACACACAAGUAGUGAAACCUAGAAAUCCACAUGCACACAUUUGCGCAUAUGUCGUUAAAUUUAGAAACAUGCACACGUCAGUACGGGGGCAAAAUAAACUCUUUCAAGUUCAAUUCCGAAAUGGAAUCAUCUCAUGGAAGCUAAAUUAGGAUAUUUACACCAACUAAAGUGCUUCUUCACAGGGUUGUUUAUGAAGUAAGAUCCAAAUGAACAAUUUUGCCUUAAUUAAGAUCCAAGCUGUCUUUGUUUACUCUCCCUUCCUCUCCUGUCUUUUGGGCCCAAUUGUUAUGGGUGAACAAAAAAUGUGACAUGCCACGUUCCAAUAUGUCUGACGAUAUGUCUCCAAUAUGUCUGACGAUAUAGGUAGAAAGAGUCUCUCCACAAAGUAGUUCCACCUAAAAAAACUUUAAUUCAAGUUAUGUCGAGGGGACACCAGUGAGGCCGUUUGCGCUGAGCUCAACCUGAUUGACUGAUUCUUAUUAAUAUUCCUUCCACAAGGCCUUCCUAGUCACUUCAUUUUAAUGUCUAUAAACAUAUGAAAGCAACAGGUGCACAGGUGUUUUUUUUGCAGCUUCUUCAUUUAAGGAAGUCUUGCACCUUUAAAAAAAAUUUAAUAAAAAAAAAAAAAUUACACAUGUUUGAUCCAUAUUGGUUCUCCUAAUUGAAUCAUGUGUAUCCGGCACCAAUCCUGUUUCGAUAUCCUCCAGGUAGUCAGGGUUUAGCUGCCUUUUUUUUCCUGCCUUGUGUAGCAAAAUUAGUCUUGAUUUUUAUUUUUAUUUUCAAAAUUCCCUUUUAAUUUCACAAGGGACAGACCCUUUGCUGUUUAUAAAAAACAAAACAAUAGAAUAGAGCAGAAUCAUGGCUUUAAAUAUCAAUGACCGAAACAUAACGAUUACAUUCACCCUUUAAUGUAAAAUACAUAGCAUAUAGCGAGCUGCACAUAACUGAACAAAAGCAGCAGGUGCAUUACAAUAGAACCUUAAUAUUCUUGUGCACAGGACUCCCUGAUUAACAUCGUCUUUACACUACCUUUGUCUUUCUCCUGUCUUUGUCGCUCUCUUCAUAAAGAGCACAUGGGAUGUUUUACCCAAAGUCAGUAGCACCAUAUUGGUGUAAUGUUAGGGGAUUGAUGUUUAAGGGAUUCGGGGGGGGGGUAAUCAGACAUUCAUGACAUAACACAUAGCUGUUAACGUCUAGAGCCUCCUGUUGCGACUCCGCCAGGAUCCAUUAUUGUCACCCCAGCCCACAAAGACGGUGUGCGUAGGUGUGUGAAGGGGAGAUGGAAGGAGAGAGGGACGAGUGUUGUGUUUCUUUUGGAAGUUUCAGUGCUUUUUUUUCCGUGAGAGCUGUCAGUCUUUGAUCACACUUUGGAUCUUUUUUUAUCCAAUCUGCACCAGUCUCACAAGCCCCUCAUCUCCUAUGCUCUCUGACGAGGAAAAACUGCACUUAAUUUGAAAGUCUAUAGCCUUUUUUUCCUUCUUGUCUCUCUCUCUUUUUCUCUCUCUCUCUCUCUCUCUCUCUCUCUCUCUCUUUUUUUGUAUGAGAUUUAUUCUUUCAAUUUUACAAUUUACAGAUUGGUCUUUUCCAUUUUUUGGGUUUUAUGUUGUUAUGCUGUUUACAUGACAAGCCUAUUAAGUUGUGCCUGACUCUGGAGACAUGAGACAACAUCUUAGUUAUGUUUUUGACUUCAAAUUUCUGGAAGCAAUAGUAUCACCUUUUGCAUUUGCUGUGAAAAGACAGAAAAUAUCUUUUUGUUUGUGCACAUCUAUUUUUUGGGUGCGUUAGCCACCAACAUGAACUGUUUAAUACCGUAAAACUCUGGGGCAUUUUAAUAGCUCAAACUCGGCAAAUGAUGGUUCGCUUUACCCCUCCCCUGAACAUCGGUUGUAACUACAGACAGCACGCCUGUCAAGAUUUGGACGUCACCACAUGUUGAAGCUGUACGCAUAGGGCUGUAGUGAGUUUUUCUUUAUUUAUUUUUUAGCCUUUCCAAAACCAAAAACACAAGGUAAAAGUUUAAGGAACUCUUGUUUACUACCAACAGUAGUAACCUAGAGUUACUUUUACAUCAUUAGCUAACUACAUUAGUUGGUGUGGUUACAAGUUAUCAGAAAAAAUCUAAAACAUGGGGGAUGCCUGAGGCAACUAAUAAUGAGGGAUGUUGACAGCUGCUGUGCUUUCUGUGAACGUGUGUGGUGUGCGCGCACGUGUGUAAGUCAUGGGCAAACGGAGCAGGCUUGUAACACCCCCCCCCCCCACCUUCUUUUCAAAUCAUUAGAAGAGAUACUAUAUUUUUGCAGUAAUGUCACAUGCAGUCGUUCCCCCUAAACAAGAAGUAGCUGCCUAGUUUGUGAAAAGAGAUGGUUUAAUAAAAAACACACAUUCACAUGCUGCCAAUCUCAAAUUAGCCUGCCUGUAAACCCAGUCUCUCCGCGCACACACACACACACACACACACACAUACACACACACACACGUCUCCAUGGUGAUGAAGGCCUAGGUUUUAUCUGGCUGGAACCCGUUUUCUAUUAGCGAACACACACACACACACACACACACACACACACACACACACACACACACACACACACACAGACAAGCUUCAAACAUUUUUGGAGCAUCUUCAGGAGUGUAUCCUUGAGUAACAUUUUCAGCUGCUUUCAUUUCUUGUAGUUUGUUUUCUUCCUUCUCGCUCUACUUCUCCAGACAUUAAAAUAUGUUUAUGAAAACCGAGCUGAAAAAAAAUCCCCCCGCCCCCAAUGUCUUUUGCCUCUUGAGUACUCAGAAAGAAUCUUAUAAUACUAGAACGUGUGGGUGACAGGAGUCGUGGUUCUUGAAUUAAAAAAUGUGUACAGAGAAGAUUUUGAAACAAAAAUCUGUAAAUAGAAAGUGUAAAUAAAUCCUAUAUAUGACAAAAUUGCUUUGAA